AUGGCAAGAGAUUACGCAGAAGAAGACUACUACGGUCCGGCAAAAGGGCUGAUUUGCUGGGACUGCGUUCCGAAAACAUCGAGAGGAGACGCGGAUAAUUUAGCUUAUGCACAUGUGAUUUGGAAGUUUUUUCAUGAAAACUUUCCCGGCGCGAGGAUUUCGCAGGAUGGAAGGAUUUCGGUCAACGAUGUUGACAAAAUUCUACAGGGAAAACUUUUCCACAAGAAAAAACUCUUCCUCUCCCGAAUUUCGGCUCCAGAAGGAUUUCAGCAAAACAUAGAAGAAUCCGAAGAUGAGUCUCUUGACCCAGUUUUCGACGAAAAAGCACUUGAAAUUGGAAAGAAAGAGUUCGCCAAGCUCAAGGCCAGCGCUGAUUUUGAAGAAAUGAUUCAAGAUGGCGAGAUCGACUAUUACGAGGCGAGAAGAUUGGUCUACUGCUUGUCUUUGAGACUGAACGAGGCGAAUAUCAAGACGGAUAUUAAGGGAACAGUGUAUCCAAGAGUCGGCACAACUCAAGAGAAAACUGGCUUGUAUCAUGAUUGGACCAAUUUCAUUUACAGAAAGAAUCGGUUCUACAAGGAUUAUUGGAACAUCGCCGCCGCUUCUGGAUCCGGAAUCACAAAAGCACACAUUUCGAAUUGGUACCCGAAAUUGAAGCGCGAAUUGGAAAAAGGAAAUCAAUCGACACUCGCGAAGAGUGCAUCUGAAUACGUCAAUGAGGUCUUCCGCCGGUACAACAUCGAUCAAGAAGAAGAAGAAGGAAGCCAACAUGGAUAUCUUUCCAAAGACGCGACUUUGAACUUCAACGAAGCGCGCGAGUGGCUCUACGUCUUCGCAGAUUACAUUUACCUCAUGGAAGAGCGCGGCGAGAUUGAGCAAGAAAUGGAGUCGAUGGCGUUGCCGCCAAGUGACGAUGAAACGGCGGCGGAAAGUGAUUAUGCUACGGAAGCGAGCGAAAUUCCAGAGAUCAGUCAGUGGGAAUCGACGAAAGUGGAAACGACCGUGGUGGAGAAGAAAAAUGUAGCGUUCGAAGAGCCCCUGGAAGAAUAUUUUAACCACGACAUUAAAAUCCUCAAUCGCCUAAUUGACCAAUUAGACCUCAACGUCAUCCAGACCUGGAAACGAGCACUGGCUAGUGUUCAGCAACUCCGAUGCAAUAACAGAAUUUUCGCUGUUCGUGGAGAAAUGUACAGUCUUUUCGGUUAUACUGUGCUGAACAAAUUGAUGAUCAUGAAGUCUUACUGGCUUGGACAGAUGUUUACUAAUUUGAAGAUUCUUGAUGAGCAUCUUGAGGCCUUGGAAACAUACCUCGAAUUCCUCCGAUCAAAAAUCGCCCAGCUAAACGACGACGAAUUCCAGCAAAAUCUGAAAACCAAUCAAAAAAUGGCGAAAGAAGACAUGGCUCGACAGGAGCUUCACGACGACCAUUGCAAGGACUUCUGGAAAGACACGAAUGAAGAAAGACAAACGGGAUCGAAAUUUUACGACGACGAAGAAGUGAUUCUCAACGGCGAUAUUUCCUUCGGAAUCGACGAAAUCAUCAAAAACGACUCGGAAAAAGUCCACGAGCUCAUGGCCAAAAUCGUCAUUUUCAUGAAAAAGCUUGUUUUGCCCAAAACAAAGCUUCCCAUCGCAAAAAAAUCGACGAAAUUUGAGAAUUUCUAUCAAUUCAAGACGGUUUUUGGAGAGUCUCUUGCGAUCAAUUUGACGUAUUUGAGGGAUAUCUGCUUCCAAGACAUAAAUACAAGAAUUGAGAGCAUGAAGAUUUAUUCUUCGAGAAAAACUAGUCAAUUAGUGAAAUUUCAAAAGACGUUCAAUUCGAUGAGCACGAAAUUCGAAGAGUACGAGAUCACCUGCCUGCACAACGAAAGAGGCCACGAAAUCGGAAUCAAACAUACUCCAGCUCUUCCAGAACUCGAUCUGCUUGAUUCCUCGUCGUUUCUGAUGAACCAUGAUUUUUCUAACAGAAGAUUUUGA